AUGGCUUCUUUUGCAGUUCCACCAACCUCGGGUUCUUCUGCAAUUCCAAUUGUUGCUCCAACUACAACCAAAGACACUCAAAAAAAUCAAAAUAUUAAAAAUAAUACUAAAUCGCGUACUUGUAGAAAUUUAAUCAUACAUGGUUAUUGUAAAUUUGAAGGAAAAAGUUGUGAAUUUAAUCAUGAAUUUGUAGGCUCUCCUCAAGAACAGAAAUUUUAUGAUGGCGAUGAUCAAGAUGGUCCUUUGUUUGAUCAAUCUGUAAAUUUCUUCCCACCUCAAUCUACCACCACUUCUUCAUCUUUUUUAUUAUCCUCUGGUGGCGGAGUAGGAACUCGUGGUUUGAAUGCACUCGCUAAUUCGUUUGCAUCCUUAGGAUUAAACAAUAACGUUAAAAUACCGUUGAGUGAAUCAGCUACUCAUCAUCAUCAGAUUAAUAAUACAAGUUAUUACACUACUUCACAUUACUUGGAUCCAUUUUUAUAUCAAAGCCAGGAGGCUCUAUUGCCACAACCACUUCAGUAUCAUCUUUACACAUCACCCCUGCCACAUGUAUCAAAUUUACACCCACACCAAAAAACUAUUCAUGCUUUUUUUAUGUCGGACCAUUUACGCGAAGAGUUGCAACAAAAAAACGAAGCAACUUUGAAAACAGUAAAUGCCAAAGAUUAUAAUUUACCUGAGGAGUUGCAUGUAUACCAUUCUUUAUGUCCGCUUGAUGAACGUCAAGAAAAAUCUGUAAAUAUUUUUGGGUAUCCAACUUGGGCAUAUAAGUCAGUAAGCAAUGUUGAUGGACGGGUAUAUUGUUUGAGGCGUGUUGAAGAAAGUUGGAGAAGAGUUAGACAUGCAAAUAUCGUUUCUAUACGCGAAGCAUUUACAACAAAAGCUUUUGGUGAUAAUUCACUUGUCUUCGUGUACGAUUAUCAUCCUUUAUCACAGACCUUAUUCGAUAAACAUUUUGCCGCCCCUCCCAUUCCAACGAACUUAUCAAACUCGCAAAAUGGCAUUACUAACGUAAUCGGUAACAUUCCCGAAAAAGUUUUAUGGAGCUAUAUAACACAACUCGCUUCUGCCGUGAAGACUAUUCAUUCUGCUGGUUUAGCUGCGAGAGUAAUUGAACCAACUAAAAUUCUAUUAACAAGUAAAAACCGAAUACGAAUUAAUUGUUGUGGUGUAAUGGAUAUGUUAUCAUAUGAUGGCGGAAAAAACAUUCCUCAUUAUCAGUUAUUAAUCUCACUUGCGUGUAAUUCUCUAUCGUCUGUUCACAAUCUUCCAAAAUCAAUCGAUUACGUUACUCGACAAUAUUCUCCUGAUUUUAAGAAAGUUAUUUUGUAUUUGUUAAGUAAACCACUUCCAAUGAAAUCAAUAGAUGACGUCAUAGCGAUGAUCGGUCCACGUCUAGUACAUGAAAUUAAUAGUGCCCAUCAUUAUAGUGACUUUUUAGAAAGCGAAUUAUCUCAAGAAUUAGAAAAUGGAAGAUUAGUACGCUUGUUAUGUAAAUUUGGAUUUAUUAAUGAACGUCCAGAAUUUGAUAUGGAUCCAAGUUGGUCGGAAACAGGCGAUAGAUAUUUAAUUAAACUCUUUAGAGAUUACGUUUUUCAUCAAGUGGAUGAGAAUGGUUAUCCAGUAGUUAACAUGGCACAUGUUCUAACAUGCUUAAAUAAGUUGGAUGCUGGUGUUGAUGAAAGGAUUAUGCUUGUUUCAAGAGAUGAACAAUCAUGUCUUAUCGUCUCUUAUAAAGAAAUAAAAAAUUGUAUUGAUUCAGCAUUCAGAGAUCUUUCUAGAAAAAAAUCGAAUAAUAAAUGA